UGAAGAGGCAAAGAAAUGUAGAGGGUACUACUACUACGACCAAGUUUGAAGGUGCAACAAUGGUGGAAACGUCAAUGACAAAGAAGAAGGCCAAGAGGGAAGUUGAGAAGAGGGAAGAGGAGGUGGGGAAGGUGGAGGAGGAGAGGAGGGAAUUAGGCAGAGAUCAGCCCCGGUUUGCUGUGGCAGAUUAUGAGAUGGGUUGGGAGGAGUACUACUGUCCGUGGCUGGGUGGUGCUGUGGAUGAGCAAAUGUCAUGGGGGUCCCUUUGGCUGCCGUUUUGGGAUGUUGAGUUUAUGUGUGAAGAUUAUAGUGCAUUCUUUGGUGAUGUUGCUUGGGAUGAUGAUAUUUGGAACGUGAGGGGUAUCAUGGAGGUACCAAAACCAUGAGAACAAGAAACACAGCUUUUUCUUUAUCUGCCUUUAUACAUGUUUCUUUUCGAUCUCUUCAAGUUGUGCUCGAGUCUUUUUAUACAAGAAAUUUCUAGUAUAUGGAGAACACACUACUUUAGAUAUUCCAAAUUAUUAGUUUGGCAUUACUUGAAAUCCUAUUAAUUCAUCAUCUUCCAGUUUGGCAGCCUACCAAAUUUUAUCUGCAAUUGGCUCAUGUUGUGGUUGGCUAUAUUGGCUUUCUUUAAUAAGGUCGCUAACACUCAUGCCAAAG